AUGUGGAAAUUUAUAAAAGAAUUAUAUUUACAAUAUACAUCUCAAACACUUAAUCUACGCAAACUACACAUCGACUUCGAAAUAGGAGCACAUGAAGCUGUGAAGGAAGUUUUCCCGAAUGUACAACUAAUUGGAUGUCUUUUUCAUUUAAGUCAAUUUUGGUGGCGUUAUAUAAGUAUUUAAUAAAUAACUAACUCACAUAGGUUAAAUAAAAUACUUGCAUAGUUACAUGUAACAAUUUUUAUAUAGAUAAAUGCAAAUAAAUAAUUGAGGACAGGAUAUUCGGAUGAUAAGAGUAUAUCAUACUAUUAUAUUAGGAAAAUGGUUAAAAAUGUUCUUUGGUCUACCAAUUCUACCCUAUAAAAUAGUCAAAAACGGUUUUGUUAAACUAGUAGGUUAUUGUCCGGAUGAAGAUUGGCUAGAAUUUUCAGACCAUAAAUUAAAUAAUUAUAUGCAACCAAAUUUAAUAUUUCCAACCAAUUUACGGGCUGAAGAACCUUUAAUAAAUAAAAGGUAACUUACUUUAAUAAAUGUAUACAUUUCGAAGUAUUCUUGUACAAUAACUUUAAAGUUUAUGUUCUGAUACAUAAAAAAAAAGCGUCAUAAAAUAAUUAGAUUAUUAUUAAUUUUGUAAUUUUUACUUAUUUUAAUGUCAGAACAAUAAAUGAUCCAGAAAGUUUCCACAGAACUUUUAACAUUCAAUUAUAUAGCGCACAUCCACCUACGCACAUCCACAUCUUAAUAUUGUACUUAUACUUUGUCAUUGAGUCACUGAAAGAAAUGCUGGUAGAAACCAAAGUAAAAAUAUCCACUAUAUAAAAAAAUAUAUUCAAAGUUAUUCCAACUAAAGAUAUAUAAAAAAUUAAUCAUACUAUAAAACUAUACGACCAAUUUAAAUUAAAUGGUAAUAUAUUACAUUUUUUAUCAGAGACUGGUUAUCAGGGACCAAGGUUUUGAUUUAUAACUUACAUGUAUAAUUGACUUUAAUGAAUUAAAUUAAUUACUUUAAAAUAUUUCAAUAAUUUUAAUUCAAAAUUAAAUAUUAUAAAUGAAAUUGUACUAACUAAAUUAUAAUAAAUACUACAUUAUGAAUGACACAUUGUUUUUCAUUCACUAUAAACUAUUGUAUUAUCUUUACUAGUUUAGUAGUCGGUGGCCGAUUGGCCCGUGUCAACGACACUAUUUCCCUGUAACGGUAUCAGAAGGAUUUUUUGCAAAAAUAAAUUAACAAUUCUGUAUAACUGUAUAUGUUUUCGAGGCGACCGAUAAGGGCGAGUUAAUAAUAUGUUGUACAUUUUAAGAAGGACACGAGUAGGGAAAUACAAUUCAAAUAUACGUACAAACGACGGUUGACAAUGACUAGACAAAAUAUAGCGUAUGAAAUAUUGGUACAAUCACGGUAAAUACAGAUAGUUAGGAACUAUAUAAUGUAAAUAAUAACGGAUAAAUAAUUCACGGGAUAGUGUGGAACCGGGUCACCAUAUUAGCCACUAGGUAUUCGUAUGUUAUUAAUUGUGUAGUAAAUAAACUGAGUAAUGCAUGUUGGCAACGUUGCAAACAUUUUUGUACUCAAUCGUAAUAUUUUUAAGGGUCAGGUAUAGAACUCGUACGCAAUCGAGAUACCAAAAUGGACAAACGUACGCAAUCGUAUAUCACCGUUACUUUUAUCAAUUUAAUAAAAACAAUUUGUACGUUUCUGAUUUAAUUGUGUAUGUUGGUUGGUAGCGCAAUAGAAUAGUUUUAAAAUAAAAUAUAAAUUACGUUCAUGAGUUGAAAAAUUUUGUAGAUACACACACACACACAAGAAAAAUGCGUAGUAAGUAAGGUUCGUUAAAAAAAAAAACUUAAAUUGCCCUCAUAGCUUAUAAAAUACAAAUAUUAAACCCCCUUUAAAGGAGGUUUAUCCAUCAUUUUCGGUGUACUUUCAUAUGACGCCGACCGAUCACUACCCCGCGGGAAGCAUUGUAUACAAAAUGUUGAAUAGAAAACAAAAAUAAAAAUCAAAUUAAUCUCGCGAUUGACGCUUUUGGGCACCACUAUCCAACUAAAUACUCCACGUAGGUAUUAUUUGUUACUGUUAAAAAUGUUUAAUUUUGUUUUUUCUGGUUUUAUAUACUUUUCUAUAAUGUUAUAUAAUGUCAAUACUAUUAAAUAUGUUGUUAUGUUCAAUGCGCUAAAUAAUUUUGUAAUUAUCAUUCGGAAUUAUUUUUCGCACACUUAUUUGUAUUGUCAAUAGCCUGAACGUGUUUUUUAAUAAUCGUCCACGCAGCGGCGAAAUAUCCCUCGCGUGGAUACGAUGACCUACCCCGCUCAUUGUCAAUAAUAUUAAGAUUGAACGCAGAGUCAAUGGGAAGAAGACCUUACAGUGGUCGGCCCAGAAAAAGAUUACUGCAGGAUGUCGUUAAAGUGGACCUCGAUAAAUGCAAAGUGCGAUAAUGGAGAGGGAUAG